CCUCCGACUCCAUAUAUAAAAAUUCGGUCAUUUUCUUCUUCUUUCUUACCGGUGAGAGUAGAGUAAACUCUGUAAAGCAAAAGGUGUAUGUUCUUCAGUUCCUUGGGUGCUUAAGUAAUGAAUGCUUGUUAAGGUUCCUCAAGUACGUCAUUGCCGGUUGGUGUAUUUGGAUUUAUACUGCAACUGUAAUGGGAAAGACUCCUGGAAAAUGGAUUAAGACCUUAUUUCGGGGGAAGAAAUCCUCCAAAUCUGGCUUUAAAGGAAGAGAUAUUCUGAAAUCUGCAAACACAGGAGAGUCAUUAAUUUCUUCUAAAGUGCCUGUCUCUGAUACACUCGUGGCUCCUCCUUUGAUCUCGCCACCUACUCUUGAGACUUGUUCUAGAAUUGGAGUGGACUCAAAACAGGGUGUAGCUGCAGAAUUACCAAAUGAAGGGGUUAAUGUUUUGUCAGCAAAAGAAGAUGGAAGUAUUCAAAAAGUUAUUGAUUUGGGUUCAGAAAAAGACCCUCAUAGAAUUCGGCAUAACCAAGCUGCCACAAAGGCUCAAUCUGCAUUUAGAGGUUAUAGGGCUCGCCGUGCAUUUCGAACCCUCAAGGGCAUCAUAAGGCUCCAAGCUCUUAUUCGCGGUCACUUGGUUAGAAGACAAGCUGUUGCUACAUUUCAUUGCAUCCAGAGCAUUGUUAAGUUUCAGGCACUAGCUCGAGGUCAGAAGGUUAGACGCUCUGAUAUUGGGAUUGAAGUACAAAAGAUAUGCAGCCAGGGAGUAGUUCUGGUUGCUGAUUGUUCAAAUUCAUCUGGAAUAAGUACAUCUACUCUUGUGAGGAAGCUCUCAAAGAAUGCUAUUAUUCAGGAGCUUUUGGCUUCAUCACCUUCUGCAAUGCCUCUACGCGUGACCUACAACCCAGGGGAACCUAACUCGGCCUGGCAGUGGCUUGAGCGCUGGACGAAGGUACUAUUUUGGCAACCCCACCAACAAUUAAAGAAGAAUAUCCAAUCAAAGUCUCGGACCAAGCGUGGCAGUUCUCAAACUGUAGAAACUGAAAACGGUGUUUUAAAGAGAAAUUUCAGAAAAUCAUCUAGUAUGAACACUGAAAAUGGCUCAAUUCGUUCUACUUCUGAGUUUGAGAAAUCCAAACGCAAUCCCAGGAAAGUUUCCACGUAUCCUGUUGAUUCUGUUCUUGAACAUCCACAAAAUGAUUUUCAGAAGGUAAAACGCAAUUUAAGAAAAAAUUCCAACUCCACAAAAGAAGUGACUGAGCAAUUGGAGGUUGAUAAUGAGAAACCAAAGCAUGGUCUAAAAAAAUCAUCAAAUUCUGCUGUCCCUGAUGUUCCAGUUCAGGGGACCAAUGAUUCUAUUGAGAAGAUGAAGGAUGUGUCCUUGUCAGUGUCUAGACAUUCUGAUGUUGAUACAAAUUUGAAAUUGCCAGAAGAUGAUGGUUCAGUCGAUGAGUUACUUGACCAUCCAGCAGCUGACUUUAAAUCUACAGAGAGCAAUAGUAAAGUUGAAAAUAUUCAAGAGACAAAUGUGGAGCUCAACUCUAAGGAUCAUCAUAUUAGCAAUGAGAACCCAAAAAACAGCCAGAGAAGAGCCUCUUUACCCGCAAAAAUUGAUCAUCAAGAAAAUGUCCCAAAAGUGCCUAGCUAUAUGGCACCAACUGAAUCUGCCAAGGCUAAGCUUAGAGGACAAAGCUCCCCCAGGUUUUUCCAAGAUUCAGUUGAGAAGAAUGGUAUAACCAGGCGGCAUUCUCUGCCAUCUUCCAAUGGCAAGCCAAGUUCAUUUUCUCCAAGAGUAACAAGACUUGUUCAAGCAGCUGGCAAAGGGGUAGUCAGACCGGACCGAUCCCUUACAUCUUCCCGAGAUGGUGGUGAUAAGGUGAUCCAAGCAGAGUGGAGGAGGUGAUUUUGCA